AUGCCUACUUCAGCAACCUCUUUUUCAACAGGUCUCAUUAUUGGCGCUGUUUCGUUUUCACUUGGAGUCUUGUACUCUAACUGGGCAUAUGAUUACUAUACAUUGUGGCAUCGUCCUGCACUUUCAGAAGCAUUUGCACAUUCACUUGCACAUUAUCAACAAUGGGCCAAUCUUCCUGCAUUUUUGUAUCAUGUACAUCAUGCGAUAGCGGCAUUAGGAUUGGUUGGUCUUUUCCUUAAGCUUUAUAAGCCUUCUGAAUCCAAUAAAUUAUUUGAUGGUGCUUCAUUAUUUUUAUAUAUGGUUGGGAUUGUUAUUUAUUUAACUAAUCUUCGUGUUGGAGUUCGAAGUGCUGCUGCUCGUGAAUGGGGGGAUGUUGAUGAACAGACUGGAAUUAAUGUAAUUGCUGCAUCUCAGGUUAUGAUUGUAUUUACAUUUUUAGGAGUUGUGGGUCUUCAAGUCGGACAAUAUUGGGCAGAACAUGAAGAUAAGAAGGUUUGGGAAAAGGCAAUGCAAGAAGAACAAGAAGAAUUGGCAGCUGCUACUGCAGCUACUACUGAAAAGAAGGAAGAAGAAGUAAAGAGUGAGAAGAAGAAAGCAACAGGUGCUAAAGUUGGAACUACAAAAGCUUCGAAGCGUGUUUAA